AACCGGAACUUCCGCCAAACCUAAACGGAAGUAGGUACGUGGCCGCUUCAGCUGACAGUCUACAUGAUGGCGACAGAGGUUCAGAGCGGCGACCUCGACAGCGCUACGUCCAGCCGGCUCGAAGUUUCCAUCGAUGGCCUCACUCUCAGUCCGGACCCGGAGGGCGACCAGAGCCAAAGCGAGGCGCCGGAGGCCGCCUUCCCCGAGCCGGAGGCGGACAAGCCCGGUGUCGCUGGCGAGGAUGGGGAGUCUGCCAAAGAGGCGAUUGAAAGGAAAUGGAGCUUUUCUUUGCAGGAGCUGUACGGAAUGGCCUUGAAAUUUUUUAAAGACAAAGAUGGGAAGGCUUUCCACCCAACGUACGAAGAGAAGCUUCGCCUGGUGGCUCUGCACAAACAGGUGCUGCUCGGCCCUUACAAUCCAGAUGCCUCGCCUGAGGUCGGCUUUUUUGAUGUCCUUGGCAACGACCGAAGGAAAGAGUGGGCUUCUCUGGGUAACAUGGAAAAAGAGGAGGCUAUGAUCGAGUUUGUUAAACUACUCAAUAAGUGCUGUAACCUUUUUGCUCCUUACGUCACUUCACACAAAAUUGAGAAGGAGGAGCAGGAGAGGAAAAGGAAGGAAGAGGAGGAGCGUCUGAGGCGUGAGGAAGAGGAGAGGGAGCGGCAGAGGCAGGAGGAGGAGAGACGGAGGUUUGAAGAGGAGGAACGGUUGAGAAGAGAAGAAGAGGAGCAGAGAUUGGCAGAGGAGGAGAGGCUGCGUAUUGAACAGCAGAAACAACAAAUAAUGGCGGCAUUGAACGCACAGACAGCGGUGCAGUUCCAGCAGUACGCUGCACAGCAGUACCCCAACAACCCCGAGCAGCAGAUCAGUCUGAUCCGCCAGCUUCAAGAGCAGCACUACCAACAGUACAUGCAGCAGCUCUACCAAGUCCAGCUGGCACAGCAGCAGGCGGCCCUACAGAGACAGCAGCACCAGACGGACUCGGUUCUGCAUGGUUCCCUACAAUCCAGCGGCUUUAACGGCAGGGAUCUUAUCCCGGCCUCGACAGCAGGGCCGUUGUGUUCCUCAUUGCCUCUGUCGAGUGAGGAAGCUCCAACAGUCAAUGGAGGCCAGUCAGACUCGUAUUCGGAGAGCUUGGACCGGGAGCCCGAGCCCGAGCCAGCGGAGGAGGUGUCAGAGAACGGCCCCUUAUUAGCGGACCCCACACCUGUGAUAGCAGCUCCCUCCAUGUGGACGCGGCCGCAGAUCAAAGACUUCAAGGAGAAAAUCCGUCAGGAUGCGGACAGCGUGAUCACGGUGGGGCGUGGUGAGGUGGUGACGGUACGCGUCCCCACCCACGAGGAGGGCUCCUACUUGUUCUGGGAGUUUGCCACAGACUAUUAUGACAUCGGCUUUGGGGUGUUCUUCGAGUGGACAGACUCCGCCUCUGCUUCGGUCAGCGUCCACGUGUCAGAGUCCAGCGACGAGGAUGAAGAUGAAGACGGCGAUCCUCCCACUGAAGAGGAGAAGGCAAAGAAGGAAGCAGGGAAGCCUCAAGUGGAUGAGAUUGUGCCAGUAUACCGGCGGGACUGUCAUGAAGAGGUGUACGCUGGCAGCCACCAGUACCCCGGCCGUGGAGUCUACCUGCUCAAAUUUGACAACUCCUAUUCACUCUGGCGCUCCAAGAGUGUCUACUACCGAGUCUACUACACCAGAUAAGCCUGAAUACAGACAGUGGGAGAUCCAAGGAGUGUGUGUGUGUGUGUGUGCAAAUGGAGAUAUAUGUGAAGGCAGCCUGUGUUUGUGUGUGUGAAUGAUCUGAAAAACCACCAGAGGGCGACAAAGAGACAAAACUGGAGCUUCUACUUCAGCGAAAAUGCUCCUCCUGUAUGUGUGUGUGUGUGUGUGUUCUCCAGUUUUCACUUAUGCUACAUCCCGUCAUCAAACCUGCGGAAAAGAAGUGUGCGUUCCUGUUGUGAAAUCACUUCCUGUCUUUGCUGCAUUCAUUAUCUCCAAGCUGAACGGAUAUGCUGUUGAUUUGUAUUCGACUACUCUCCCUCCUGGGCUUUUAGGACCAUCGCCUGCGCCUGACCGGUGGAAACUUAGCAGGUCAAACACUUUGAACCGGUGUUUCCUGUUGUAAGGAACUGGUGGUUGACCAUCCUGCAAAAAAAAUGCAGAGGAUGUUGAGAAUUCUGCAAAUGUCCUUCAUGAUAACACUAUGCCUUUUACACAGAGUACUUCUGCACAUUAAAAACACCAGUGUACACAACUUAAAUCUUCCUUUUUGUUGUUAAACGGGAGUGUGUUACUGUAUUCUUUUGGCAUCUAACAUAAAUGAAGAUAUGAGAGAAUUACUGAGAAGCAGCAGGACUUGUUCUCACCUUUAUGACUUGAUAGUGUGUCAGAAGGUCGUGAAGGAUAAUUAAGAAGUAAUUAAGUCACAUGGGUGUUCAAAACCAAAAUAACAUGCAUGUGAUACAGUGAUAGUAGCCACAAAGGAUCUCGGUAUAAAAAAACUGGAUUUUUAUUUUUGUCUAAAUUUGUUUCAGUUUGUUUCUCAGUCACACAUCUAAACCCUCAAUGACCUUUUCUGUUUUUCACUUUCGACUGCAUUUAUUACUUCCACAAAAGUGCCGAUUUAAAAAAAAAAAAAAAUUAAAAGUAGAGAAAGAAAUCACACUAACAUCCACAUUUUGCAGGUCAUGACACUGUUACGUCUGUGCGGAGUUCAGGAACUCGUGGUUUUCCGUCACACUGUCGUGAACCGUCAUCUGUUGUGAAUAAAGUUGCGAGAAUUCCGACCUUGUGUUUUCGGCUGACAGCCUCACCUGUUCUUGUAAUCUGCUCUCUGAAGGACAUUGGUUUCAUGGGGAAUGUGUUCAUCUGGUGUUCAAAAAGACAUUGUUUCCCCCCUUUACUUUCUUGCAGCGAAGUUAAGAGAAAAAGCAGGAACUCAUCGUAAUUCUCAAAUUAAUUUUCAGCUUAAUUGAGUGUCAUUCCUGUCCACUCGUGUGUUUUCUUUAAGUGGUUUGAUUUGCUUGACUUUUGUAUGUUUGUAAUUCUACAAAUGAGUUUAUAUAUGGGUUUUAAAAUGUGGAAAGAGGCUGGUGGUGUUGCAUAUCCAUGCACUGUAUAAUAAGAGGAUACAGAGUUCAGUUAUGGCCCAGAUUUAAGUCCAUAAUGAGUUAAAGUUUGGCUCUAGAAAUUACAGAAGUUCUUUUUUUUUUUUAUUGUUUUUGUCUCGUUAAGUUGGAAGAUCUCUUUGGGCAUAUAUUUAAUCUUGAUUAAACUUCAUCUAUACAAA